UUCUGACCCGCCCCUUCUGCUGGCUUUGAAACGGACGGCUGUCUCGAUUCCUCAUUGGCUGCGAUGGACCAAGUAGAUCACUUAUUUACGCCCGCUUAUCACCUCGAUGAAGGCUACUACAACACUACCAACUUCGAACCACAGUCCUUUAUCAGCCCUCCAGAGCCUGCCACGUCAUCUCAGGCCGACGAAGAGCCUCUCCAGAGCGCGUCUUGAGGAAGUCCAUCGCUUGUCGCGACAACGCAAGCCGUAUUUGCAUGAAUCUCGACACAAACAUGCUAUGAGACGACCUAGAGGACCAGGAGGUCGCUUUUUGACCGCCGAAGAGAUUGCCGCUCAACGGUCCGGCCAAGAAGGAGAGGCUGGACCAACGUUGAAUACGAAUGCUCACGACAACGACGAGGAUAUGGCUGAAGACGACCAUUCCCCUCCAACAGAGCCUAUACUGCAACGAUCUACAUCUGAACUACAGUCCCAGCAUAUUCAUUCCCACGAGGAAAGUCCUCCAGAUCCUAUCAGCAUAUUAAAUCUUUCCCAUUCUUCCACACCCAUCCAUCAUAUGCAACACAACAUCAAUGUAUCCUUGCCUUCGUCUGUUCCCAUCGCUGUUUCUCCUCAGGCCAUGUAUAUUCAGCAACAGCAGCAGCCUCAGCAUCCGCAGGUGCGGAAUGGACACCAACAUUCGCUUCCUCAGCCUAACGUAGACGGAAUGACGAGCUCUGCUCCCGUCACACUCACCUCCCCGUAUCCAUACCGUAUGGUGAGUGUAUAAUAUGCCUGAAAUUUUGGACCGUGCUCUGACCUGCCAAUGAUCAUCUCCUUUCUUCAUGUUUAUCUGUCGUCGGUCUUCCUCCUCUUAUCUCCGUUCUUCCCUGCUCCAUCCAUAUUCUCACCAAAUGUCACUCCCCACCCCUCCUGUCUUUAUUCCCCUUCCUUCCUUCCUUAUCAUUCCCGCUUGAUCUUUAUUGUU